CUUCUUUCUCCAUCCGCUUAAGUCCAUUUGGGUCCAACUUUGAAAUCUUUUCUAAUCAAAUAAAAGUCCUUUCUUUUCGUUCUUUUAUUUUAUUUUUGGUAUAAUCUAAUGAGUGAUGAGGAGAAUCUGAUCUCUACAUGCCUAAAAUGGAUGCAGGCCAGAUUUAGUCUGAAUUCCAUCAGCUCCAAAAUGCAGAAUUCCAUUUCAUCAAGGUGUAAAAGGUAAAAUCUUAAAAGCUUGAUAUCAAGGAGACAUGUACAACUCUUAUAGUAUUAGUUCAAGUGUGUUGUCAUUUAGGAGUAAUGGGUCUGUUUCGUUUUCAUUCAAUGACUAUUCUUCCAACUUGUUGAAUUCAUCAAUUGAGAAAACCACAUCACCUUGUUCUUCGUGUUGCUCAUGUUGUGGUUGUUGCUGUGCCACAUUUGCCACCCAUGCACUACCCAUUUCCUCUAGUUUUUUAUAUGGAUUAAGGCAAUCUGCCCUUGUUCAGUGCUCACCUUCUAGGAGGCUCAUCUUGCCUGCUCGACGGCGCUACUUUUUGCGGUUUCCCAGUUGUGAUUUUGAUCAUGCUCCUUCUGAGGUUUCCACUGCCAGUUUUGUUAUGAGGAAAACUAAGGGGAGGUUUAGAUGUAUGGUUUCCGAGGAAAAUAGUGCUAGGCAUUGGUUAGGUGGAGUAGAUGCCGCAGAGGGCAUGAUCAGCUUAUUGAGUGAGGAAGUGGAUGCAGAUUGUUUUUCUGCAGAGAAAAAUAGGACUUCAUAUAAGAUAGUGGAAGUGGAGAAGAGAAAAAAUUAUGAUCGUGAGUGCUCUAGCCAGAAGAAAGAAAGAGAACAGGUGGAGAAGACAAGGAGUUAUGUUAGUCAAUGCAACAAUGGAAAUAAGAAAAGGAUGCAAGUGGAGGAGAGAGGGAGCCAUGUCAAUAAACAUGAUUGGGAGAAGAAUGAAAAUGUUGGGUCAGGUUUGUUAGGGAGUGAUUCUAAGCAUGAAAAUGAGUCCAUCACUAUUGAGUCAAGGGAAGAGAGUAAAAGGAAAACAGAGAGAGCGUCAGCUUUGAGAGCUGAGAAUCGUAGGGGAAGGACAAAGAGUUCUAGUUGCUCAUCUUAUUACUCUUUGUCAUCUUCAGGGGACUUAGAGAGUGAUACUGAUCUCCCAGACCAGGAGGAGCAAUUUGUGGAAGAAUCAUUAAGUGGGCAUGUGACAGAAUUAAUAAGAAAUGAGAAUAGCAGAACUGAGGGAUGGGUGGCAGAAGGCUUCAAGAAGGAUAAUGUGGGAGGGAGUACUGUUGAUUGGGAUUUGAGAAAGAAGUCAGAGAAGAAGCUCGCUGAAGUAUCUACUGAAGAAAUACAAUCUGGAGCAAAAUCCUCACAAGAAUAUUCAAGAAGGGUGAAGAAUGAUGAAAGUGCCUAUAAGAAAAGAUCUAGUUCCCAUGAGCAACUUGAUGACAAGGGCUGGGAAAUAAGAAAGCAGCAUUCUCAGACGGACAAUCAAGUUAUUGGACAGUCUGAAUCAAGAAAGAAAAGCCAGGACGUUGCAGAAAUAUCAAAGAUCCAUGUUAGUAAUGCUGGGGCAACUUCUCAAAAAUUGCAGUUCACAGGCAGAGAAGCAAAUGUGAAAGUGUCAGAAAUACGAGACAGUCAGAGGCUGACUGAAUCUAGAAUGAAGAUUGAGGAAGAAGAUACAACCCUGGUUCAGAGUCGGUCUGAAUCUAGAAAGAAGAUUUGGGAGGAAGAUACAACCAUGGCUCAGAGUUCAUUCCAGCAGACAAGAAAGCAACACCAGCAAAAAGGUGAAAGGAUCAUUGGGCAACUUGAAUUGAGAAGAAAAUCAGAAUGCUUAAGUGAAAUUAAUGAAGCCAAGAACAAGAAGACCUCAAUAUUACAGUCUGAAACACAUAAGAAAAAACAGGAUGAUACUUCAAGUUUAUAUUUCACUUCUAAUCCUGAAACAAAGAAGCAGGGAAAGGAUCAAAAACCUCCUCAGAGAAUUGAGUCAGGGAAAGGAUUGCAAGCUGUUACUAAUAUAUCUGUUAUUCAUGCUGACAAUAUUGAGAUGGUUACCAAUUCUCAAACAAGUUCUGGAAAAAGAUUGAUUGAACAUGAAAGUAAUUUGACAUCAGGUUUGGGAUUGAUUAGUGACAGAAGCGAAAGACAUAAUGGUAGAGUUGAGCAAAUAAAAUCAAGAAAAGAGAAUGAGAAAAGUGUAUCAAGUUCUUGGGAAGAAGCUGAAGAUGCCUCUAGCUUUCCAGCAUCUUUGAGUUUAGUUUCAGAAGCACGAGAACAGCAGUUGGAUGUUGAUGUAAUGGGAACAGAAAAGAGAAGCACACAGGCAGUUUUGAUGCCUCCCGAGUCUCAAGUGAUAGCUGGAGGUCUCCAGUGCGAUGACUCAAUGACUAGGAUUUCCACUCAGAAGGCUUCCUUUGAAACUUCGGAAAGUGGCUCUACUUCCUCAUAUCUGCAUUCAACUGGAAGGACUAUAUUUGCACCCCAUGAACCAUAUAAAAGAGAAAUGAGUGAGACUUAUGGGGAGUCUAUAAACUUGACAAUGUGUGAAGAUUCUCUGGGUUCUGCUCAACGAUUGGAGGAAUCAUCCUUGCAGUUUGUUGGGGAGUUUGUUGAGAAGGCAAGGCAUGAUGUCUUGACUUCUGAGGUGCAACAGGGGAACAGAAGUUCUGACUCUAAUUCAGCAUAUAACGCUGAUAAGCAAGGGCAAGAUAUUUUAGGUCAAUACAGCAAGGAAGAACUUAAGAUGAAAAAGCAUGACUCGAGACAGUCAUCGAAGGGCUCUGGAGCAAAGGGGCCCUCUGAUGAAAUGUGGGAUGUAACAGAUCCAUCUGUUCAGGAUCUGCCUGAAGUGGAAAUCCUACAAAAGACUUCCACAUCAGAGCAUGCUGUCGUGAAGAGAACUGGCAGGUCCUUGUGGAGCCUUAUGGCAGACGUCAUUCGAUUACGAUGGGGUUCACGUGCUCAGACCCCUAGCUCAGGUGCAAGAUCUGGAGGAAGGACUUCACCAAAUGAGUCUGCUGGCAGUGAGACAUGGUUUUCUGGUCGUGAACCAGAUGAAAACAGUGAAGAGAAUCUGAGAAGGGAAAGAGGCAGCAUGGCUUCAGAGGUCAUAACUUAUCAGCUGGGACCAGGGACUCAAGGUGAAGGAGAUGUCUCUGACUCAAAGAGGUCAACUGACAAAAUAACACAGCUUGAAGGGAAUAUUUCACCAUCCUCAAAUAUGUUGGACACCGGGUCUGCAUCAGAAGGUACUUCCUUGACUUCACAGAAGGAAAAACAUGAUGGAAGUAGCUUUGUGAUAGCCUCAGGCAAGGAGAUGGCACAGUCAUCUAUACAACCAUUACCAGCUAGAAGCAUAAGAAGAUCUCCUGUUGUAGAGGGGAUUUCAGAAACUGAUAGAACUGAUAUCCUUGGAAGUGGUUCAAUUGGGGUGAUGGAACGGCCUCUUGGUGCAAGAUUAACUGAAGCAUCAGGGUCUCAGGUUAAGGAUGGGGAAUUGAAACAAAGAAAGCUUCAACGGGUCAAGCAAGUCCCUAGAGAUAAAUUUGAUGAAUGGGAAGAAGCAUAUACACUUGAACGUGAGCAGCGAAAAAUGGAUGAAAUGUUUAUGAAAGAAGCGCUGCUGGAAGCCAAGAAAGCUGCUGAUUCUUGGGAGGUGCCUGUUGGGGCAGUACUAGUGCAGCACGGAAAGAUAAUUGCCCGUGGGCGCAACUUGGUAGAGGAAUUACGGGAUUCAACUGCCCAUGCAGAAAUGAUCUGCAUACGAGAAGCUUCAAGCACAAUACGUUCAUGGAGGCUUGCGGAUACAACACUUUAUGUCACACUUGAACCAUGUCCUAUGUGUGCUGGAGCAAUACUUCAGGCAAGAGUUGAUACUCUCGUGUGGGGAGCUCCCAAUAAGCUUCUAGGAGCAGAUGGCAGCUGGAUUAGGCUUUUUCCUGAUGGGAGAGGAGGAGGAAAUGGCUCAGAACCGACAGACAAGCCAGCAGCUCCAGUCCAUCCAUUCCACCCGAAAAUGACAAUCAGACGUGGGAUAUUGGCAUCAGAAUGUGCAGACACAAUGCAGCAAUUUUUCCAGCUUAGGAGAAAGAAUAAGGAAAAGAAUGCUGAGCGGCCGCCAUCACCAUCUUGUCUUCCCAUUACAAGCCAUCCAUCAAAAAUCAUUACCAAGAUGCAUGAUAUCUUCCAUGUGAUGUUCUGUUUGUAAGAGACAGUAGGAAAACAACGAACUCUUUUAGGUUGUAUGAAGUAUUUUGGAAACUCUAAUUCUAAUUGCCCUCAAACCAAAUUUGAGUAAUAGUGUGUGCUUCACAAAGAUCUGGUGCCGUCUGCUAUAUGAACAUGGCAGAUAAGAGGGUUUGAAAGAAUUGAUAAUUACGGCUGAGCAGGUUUAUUCUGGCCAUUGCUGUUUCAGGUGUUCAACAUGGAGCGGGGCAAUUGGCAAAGCCGCAUCAUUAUUGGCUCUUCUUACAUGUUUAUAUUUCCUUCAGGGACUUGUGAUAGUGGAAAAAAUGAGGUUAACUUUGUGGAGGAGUCCUACUAUGGCACAUGUUUACUUUAGUUCCUUCACAAUAAUAAUUUUUAUCAAAUUCAA